CCUCGUGAAACUGACAGUUAGCCAUCAUGGCGCAUGAUGUAAAAUCCAGAAACAAACGAUACGAGAAACUGGAUUUCCUCGGAGAGGGUCAGUUCGCCACAGUGUACAAAGCCAGGGACAAAACGACUGAUACCAUAGUUGCCAUUAAAAAGAUUAAAGUUGGCCACAGAACUGAGGCUAAAGAUGGUAUUAACAGGACUGCUCUUCGAGAGAUCAAACUGCUGCAGGAACUGCAUCAUACAAAUAUCAUUGGGCUGCUGGAUGCCUUUGGACACAAAUCUAACAUCAGCCUGGUGUUUGAUUUCAUGGAAACAGACCUGGAGGUGAUCAUCAAAGACACCAGCCUAGUCCUGACUCCGGCCAACAUCAAAGCCUACAUCCUCAUGACCCUACAGGGAUUAGAGUAUAUGCACCACCACUGGGUCCUACACAGGGAUCUGAAGCCCAAUAAUCUGCUGCUAGACGGCAAUGGAGUGUUGAAGUUGGCUGAUUUUGGUUUGGCCAAAGCGUUUGGCAGCCCCAACAGAGUGUACACACAUCAAGUUGUUACCAGGUGGUACCGCUCCCCUGAGCUCCUGUUUGGUGCCAGGAUGUACGGUGUGGGUGUUGACAUGUGGGCAGUGGGAUGCAUCUUGGCAGAGUUACUCCUUCGGAUACCAUUCCUGGCUGGAGACUCAGAUCUUGACCAGCUGACAAAGAUCUUUGAGGCUCUUGGGACGCCUACAGAAGAAACGUGGCCGGGAAUGAAUAGUCUACCAGAUUAUGUGUCCUUCAAAAUAUUUCUUGGGACACCGCUGGAACAUAUAUUUAGUGCAGCUGGAGACGACUUACUGGAGCUGCUACAGGGCCUGUUCACCUUUAACCCCUUAACGAGGACCACAGCUACACAGGCUCUGAAAACGAAGUACUUCAGUAAUCGACCUGGUCCCACUCCUGGUCCACUACUCCCCCGACCCAACGGUUCAGCUGAGGCUCUGAGGGAGAAGGAAACAAUCGGGCUCAAGAGGAAAAUCGAGGGCCUGGAGACGACUGUGAUGAAGAAGAAGCUCAUUUUCUGAUGGGACCUUUGGUAAUCAGAUGAUGACCAUCUUCACACCAGUCCGUGGCUCAGCUGUCCCGCAUCGCUCACAGGAUCGUCCACUGGAAUGAAGCAAAAGAAGAAGUCCAGCGCAGAGACCAAAGGGCUCAGAUGUGGUUGACUUUAGGACAUCUUAGUGGUAGUAGCUGUUAAAUCAGUUGAGAAUUGUGCCUACGGUUCGGUCGAAGGUGCUGCUGUCUGUAGCACCCCAUUGAUUGACUGCUGUACAACAGAGGUCAAUAGCGUCUGGUCUUCCUUCAUUGUAACAAUGAUGCCUCAGCUCUGGGAGCCUGUUGUAAUAUGUAUAUUUAUGUGACUGAAAAUAAGAACAACCAAACAAACAAGCCUGAUUUAUUUCAUGUAUAUACAUUUAAAUGGUGCAAAUGCAUAUGUGGGAUUUUCACUCUGUGGUCUUGACUACCUGAGCUCAGCAUGAAACUACAUUGGAAGAUAUGAUUCAUUAGAAAUAGUUGUCCGAGUCCACACAAUACCGUCCAUACCGUCUACCUCAUACAGACUGAGUUCAUGUUUGAAGAAAUCACAGGGUCUACUUUUUCUCCUGUUGAAUAUAUGUGGUCAUAAUUAUACUCGUGGUUUAUUUAUUCAUGUAUCAGAGGUGUGUAUUUGUUAGUGUGUGUGUGUGUGUGUGUGUUUCUGUGGCGUAAGCCAUAAUGCCUCUUCAGGGCAGACAGGGCGACGCUUGACAGUUUCAUUCAACAACGUGUCGCUCGGCGUAUCGUUCCCUCGCUGUCCUUUCUCUUCAACGUUACUGUGAUUCAACGCAGUCUGACAUGUCUGAGGCCUGAUGCUCUGGCAGGUGUUCUGCUGCCCUUUUGGUUUUCUGUCAAACAGUAUCAGAGAAGAAGAGAAUGAGAGUAUGUCACAGAUUUAAAAAAAUAAAAAAUCACACUUUAUAUUUAACCAAAUCAAAUUCUUUAACAAAAGCAGUGCAGAUAGCAGUGCUAUUUUCUGUGUAAUGUUAAAUGUCAUCUGCUUCAGUUCUCACAAUGAGACCACGCAUUAAUUUCCCUUAAGGGAUGUCUGACGACUUUUAGUUUUUAAAACAACAAAUGCUUACAUUUGACCAUCUUGUUUAGUGUGACCACUUUUUGGAUCUGGGCACAGAGGGUUUGCAGUUCUGGUCCCAUAAGUUGAGAGACAAGGCAGCCUGUGUGAUUUGUGCCUAUAUUCAUAAAUGCUCACAAUACAGCACUGAGAGGGGACACAAUGACUUUGUGGUGGCGGUGAGUGGCUACAGUGAGUGUGUAUGUGUUCGGCAACUGGGUCAGAUGACCGAUCUGGCAAAGAGCAGCACAGUCAUGGAGAGCUACAGUAGCAGCCUUAUCAGCUCAUGCUCAUUCCAAGGCCGUUGCAGUGGCCAUGAAAGCCCUGUUGAACCAACACGCUGUUACAGAACAUGAGCACAGGGUUGGUGGGAGAAUGUCAUAUUUGCUCAUAUGUCUGAAUCAGCAAGAUCAGCAUAUGGCAUGAUCUGAAGGGGGAUGAUUAAGAUGGUGGCAUGAAUAAAACUGUCACGCCUUAUGUAAAUUUAACCAAAACAGACAGGUUUACUGAUCUCUCUUAGGACUUUAUGUAAUUUGGAGGAUGUUGAAGAUUACAUAACAAUAACAUAACACCAAACAACACAGAUUCAUAUUCCUUACCAAGCCAUAACCUCCCCAGCUGUUGGAAUCAUUUCAUCCCACAGUAAAUAAAAACAACAGCUCCACAAAUGAAUUGAACACACUGCCUCGUAUGAAGGUGCUGAAUGUGAGCCAGACGUAAAGGUGAUAGAAAAUGUUCUGCCUAUUACCAAUAGGUGUUAAGUCAUUUACAUUAUGUGGGGCAUUAUUAUAUUCAGCUCCAGAUCCCUCGAUAGACGUGUGUACUGUAGAUCUUUUUGAAUAAUAGUGUGAAAUCUCAUAAAAUUGUUCUACCAUCAUUUAAUAUUCCUUGGUCUUCUAAUGUGUUUAAGGUUUUAUUGCAAUUCAUUUGUGACAUCUGGCUUUGUG